AUGACUGUAAUAAGCGUGGUCAGACUUCUCGCCCUGUUACUGGGGCUGAGAUACAGACAAGUUGUAACUUUGAAAAGAACACUCAUGACCCUAAUUUUUGCUUGGAUUUUGCACAUUUUGGGUAUAUUGGCUUACCUUUGGGAUCCUAUUGUGACGUCAUGGUGCAUCAAGGUAGCCGUGCCUGUUUGUCUCCUCACCUCAUUUGUCUGUUACGUGAAGAUUUUCUUCAUUUUGCGUCAUAACCAAAUCUAAGUGCUGGACCACUUUCCUAAAAGACAGCAGAACCAACCAGUUCCGCUCAACAUAGCGAGAUACAGAAAGGCAGUGUCAGCUGCAUUGUAG